UUAUUGUUUCACAGUCUCUCUCUCUCUCUCACACAUCAGGGAUUUUCUUCCUCUACAGUCCAAUCCUGGCGCUGACAAUGUGGACACCGGACAGGAAUAUUGCACCUAAUUCCGGCUUUGUUUGAUCCGCGCGCGUGCCACUCCGCAAAAAAAAAAAAAAAACCCAGAUUUUCAACCGAAAAGAAAAGGGGAAAAAAAAGGCAGAGUUCAUCACCUUGAACAGCUCCAUUUUCUCUAGAGCUUCUUUCAUGCGACUCCCUGCGCCGAACUCCGCAGCCAGAAUGAACUGUGAGCAGGACUUCGGAGAUGGGGGCAUGAACGUCACUCUCACCCUCAGGUUGUUGAUGCACGGCAAGGAGGUUGGGAGCAUCAUAGGCAAGAAAGGAGAAACGGUGAAAAGGAUACGAGAGGAGAGCAGCGCACGAAUUAACAUCUCCGAGGGUUCUUGCCCCGAGCGGAUCAUCACCAUCACCGGCCCCACAGAGUGUGUGUUCCGAGCCUUCACCAUGAUCACAAUAAAGCUGGAGGAGGACCUGGCUGCUCUCGUGGCUAACGGCACCGUCACUAGUAAGCCUCCAGUCACGCUGCGUCUGGUUAUUCCUGCCAGCCAGUGCGGCUCUCUAAUUGGGAAAGGCGGCUCAAAAAUCAAAGAGAUCCGAGAGAGCACAGGGGCACAAGUGCAGGUCGCAGGUGACCUGCUUCCCAACUCCACAGAACGAGGCGUGACGAUAUCCGGGAGCCAAGAAGCCAUCAUCCAGUGUGUUAAACUCAUCUGCACCGUCAUAUUAGAGUCACCUCCAAAAGGGGCAACAAUUCCGUACCGCCCUAGCCCCUUACCCGGGGCUGUGCUGCUCUCUGGAAAUCAGGUUUUCGAAGCUUCUGAGUUUGGGUCUCACCCUCUUUUCUCAGUGGCUCAGGGAGCUCUGGAUCUGCAACAAGCAUACACUGUACAAAACCAAUAUGGCAUUCCACAUUCAGAGCUGGCCAAGUUGCAUCAGUUGUCCAUGCAACAGGGUCUGACACCAAUCGCUCAGCCAGCAGCUACUGCCGUCCUGCCUGCAGGCAUGGAGUCCAGCAACCAGACGGCAUCGCAGGAGCUACUCAUUCCAAACGACCUGAUUGGUUCAAUCAUCGGUAGGCAAGGCACGAAAAUCAACGAGAUCCGCCAGGUGUCCGGGGCUCAAAUCAAAAUCGGCAGUCAGCUGGACAGCACUAGUGACAGACACGUCACCAUCACGGGCUCUCCAAUUAGCAUCAACCUAGCUCAGUACCUCAUCACAUCCUGUUUAGAGACCGCCAAAUCCACCGCCCAGUCCUCCUCCAUGUCGAGCCCCGUAGAGCUGAACAUGAGCUUCACCCAGCCCGCCUCCCCUGCCUCAUCCUCCGCAGCAGCCCUGGCAGCGAUGGGCGCUCUGCCCCACGCUCCAAUCCUGGGCGCCCCCUAUGCCCUCCCCCUCUCCAGCCUCCUGGGAAUGAAAUCUGUCCCCUUCCUGGCACUCUCAGCUCCUGCCGGCACUGCCGGCGCUCCAGCCCAUGCUACCCUGGCAUCCUACACAGCCAAGAUUUCUUCAGCCAACGGCAUCAAGAAACCUGAGCGCCAGAAGUUUGCGCCAUACUGACCCUCGUCUUGAAAGAGACAAAAAAAUAAAAAAUCUCACCUUUGUCCAAACAAAACGAGGAGUUUCUUUACUUUUACCUGUUGUAGAUGUGUAGUCAAAGAGACUUUACCUUUUUUUUUUUUUGUAUGUUUGUUUCGUUUUGAUAUAGCUUGUUACAUAGUUGUCCUGAACUUGACUCUACUAAGACAUUAGGACAAUAGUGUAUUUAAAUAGUCCUAUUUAUGUUUUUUUUUCCCCUUGGCUGAUGUAGCCUCUAAAGCCAUAGCUUAUUCCUAAUCUGAAAUUUUCUCCCAAUCCUAAUACUUAUCUAUUAUCUGCUCCUAUUUAUUAACGAUUAUGACAUAUUCCCGCAAAAGACUUUAUACAAUGAGACACUGGUGACUGAUGCUAAACACUUCUGUAUCAGCUUUUAUACAACGAUAUCUGUGUAUGCCUCUGUAUACAAACUUUCUCAUUUUUUAAUACUCUAUCUAUUACAAAAAAAUAGAGAAAAAAAAUACGUUUUUAAGAUGAAAAAAGUCGACAGGUUUAAACGUUCGCUUUGUGUUGGUUGUGUUUUAUGUUUUGUCACUUUUUUUGAAAAUGGUUUAUUUAUUUUAUUUAUUAUGAUUUUCUUUUACGAUCAAUGGUUUCCAUAACUGUUUCCACAGAUUUACAGAUUCUCACUCUUCACAUUUCACAGAUAUGCGACUUGGGACUAAUAUCAGGUCCUCUUUUUCUUUUAGAAAAAAUUCACUAUAUAUGUAUGUGUAGAAAGGAUGUGAGCCACACACAACCAUACACACAAACACACAUACUGACAGUGUAACACAAAAGCAAUACUGGACUAAACACUUUGAUUUUACUCCUAGACCUGGACAUCAAUGUGCAUCAACUGUAGCUCUUCUUAUCAUGACUGUUUUAUUUACACAUAGAUCUUGUUUUCCUUGUGUACCUUUUGCCUUUCGCUUUCCUCGUUUGAAUAAAUCUAUGAAUAUAACUCACUUAUUUUUGUAAAGCCAGAUCUUAUGGACAGAACAUGGCCACGAUUCCUCACCAAUUCAUCCGUUUGAUGUGGUUAAUCUCGACCCCUGCGUACACGUUGCUCUUUUUAUUUUUAUUUUUUGUUAACGUUGCCUUCUAACGCCGCUCAUAGUCAUUUGCAUGAAUUCAACUUGGCGUCUAUGCAAAACAUCUCUCGGUGGUUCAGUGAGGUUUCCUGCGUCACGCCUCAUCGGCAUCGCAAAAGGACCCGGUGCCGGGUCAGAGGACUACUCCGGAAACGAGCGACGAGGCUGAGCACAGAUUUUGAACCGUGUGAUUAUAUGUAUAUAUAGAUAUAUCUAUAUACAUAUACAUUCUAUAUAUUUGUUGUAUUCUAUCCAUUAUCUCAUUCCAGACAUUAACACAUAGUAACCACCACUUUUACUGUAUAAAAAAAAAGAAAAAAACAGGCACAUGCAUUACUCUACGACAUGCAACAUUGCACUUGAACGUGAUAAUUCCACUAUGGCCAAAAUGAGUGUGAAAUGUUCAACUGCUUGACUACUCUCUCUCUCUUUCUCUUUUUCUCUCUUUCUCUCUCUCUCUCUAAAUGUUUGUUUUCAUUGAUUUGCACCCAGGCGUGACCUCAUGUCAGUCUGGCACAUUUGUGUGUGACUGUUGAUUUUGCUCCAUUCAUUAAUGCCAUAAAAUGAAUAAAACCAUACUGUAUUAACUCGA